AUGUCACCGGUAAACAGUCGAAUCGCGCAAUUAACAGUGGCUCAGGGACUCAGAGAGGAUCUCCGAACCAAUCCACCGUGCCAUCCACGAGCAUGUGCUAUUCAGAACUGCCUGCAGAGGACCGGGUACCAAGAAGAGAAAUGCAGAAAGGAGGUCGACGCUCUAUAUGAGUGUUGCAACGCCUUCUAUCAAGAAAGGGGAGAAAAUGCAACCACCGUGAGCUGCCCCAAAGCCUCUCUUCUAAGGUGA